AUGGACUAUUCCUAUGAUGAGGACCUGGACGAGCUCUGUCCGGUCUGCGGGGACAAGGUCUCCGGGUACCACUACGGGCUGCUCACCUGCGAGAGCUGCAAGGGCUUUUUCAAGCGGACGGUGCAGAACAACAAGCACUACACCUGCACCGAGAGCCAGAACUGCAAGAUCGACAAGACCCAGCGCAAGCGCUGCCCGUACUGCCGCUUCCAGAAGUGCCUCACCGUGGGGAUGCGCCUGGAAGCCGUGCGUGCGGAUCGGAUGCGCGGAGGGAGGAACAAGUUUGGGCCCAUGUACAAGCGGGACCGUGCCUUAAAGCAGCAGAAGAAAGCUUUGAUCCGUGCCAACGGCUUCAAGCUGGAGACGGUGCCUCAGAUCAUGACCCCGGUGCAGAACGACUACAGCCUGUCCUCCACCAUCCACAGCAUCCACGCCAUGUCCAAGACCUUGCCACCCAACCCCGCUGCCCUGGCUCCCGUCGACUACGAGCGCAGCCCCUACGGGACGCCGUCCCUGGGAAUGACUGUGCCCAGCCACGCGCCGCUGCCCGCCUACCACUACCCCUCCUUCCCCAACCGCACCAUCAAGUCCGAGUACCCAGACCACUACACAAACAUGCACGAGUCCCUGCCCGCCUACGUGUACCCAGAGACCUACCCCAGCAGCUCCCCCCCCGACAUCCCCGAGGUCAUCCUGAAGCUGCUGCAGCUGGAGCCUGACGAGGCCCAGGUGAAGGCACGGAUUCUGGCCUGCCUGCAGCAGGAGCAAGGCAAAGGCCGGCACGAGAAGCUCAGCACCUUCGGCCUCAUGUGCAAGAUGGCUGACCAGACCCUCUUCUCCAUCGUGGAGUGGGCACGGAGCUGCAUCUUCUUCAAGGAGCUGGAGGUGGGCGACCAGAUGAAGCUGCUGCAGAACUGCUGGAGUGAGCUGCUGGUGUUUGACCACGUGUACCGGCAGCUGCAGCACGGCAAGGAGCACAGCGUGCUGCUGGUCACUGGCCAGGAGGUGGACAUGUCGACCAUUGCAGCCCAGGCUGGCUCCAUCCUGAACACGCUGAUGCUGCAGGCGCAGGAGCUCGUCCUGCACUUGCACUCGCUCCAGGUGGACCGGCAGGAAUUCGUCUGCCUCAAGUUCCUCAUCCUCUUCAGCCUCGACGUGAAGUACCUGGAGAACCACACGCUGGCGAAGGAUGCUCAGGAGAAGGCCAACGCGGCGCUGCUGGAGUACACCGUGUGCCAUUACCCACACUCCACGGACAAGUUCCGGCAGCUGCUGCUGCGGCUGGCAGAGGUGCGGGCGCUGAGCAUGCAGGCUGAGGAGUACCUCUACCACAAGCACCUGAGCGGGGAGGUGCCCUGCAACAACCUCCUCAUCGAGAUGCUGCACGCCAAGCGGACGUGAGCGCCAGCACGGACAGGGGCUGCAGCGGCACGGGCAGCACGUGUGCCUGGGGCUGGGGGCUGCUGCUGCCUCCCCACCCUGCCUUCCUCAGUGAUGCUAU